AUGUCUGCACCUGUGGAGGACAGACAGUUGAAUAAAAUAGCAUCUCAAGAAGAAAAAUUGAAUGAAGAUAUAACCUCCCUCUACACGUUGAAGGCAGAACUGUCAGACUACAUGGUACGGAGAGAGAGCGUGGAGUACCAUGAAGUUUAUCCUGGCGCUGAAAGGGUCGAAUACGACUUCACUGUGGAACGGCAGAAUAUUUACGCUACCAACUUCCUAGAAUCCACGUCCCAUCUCGUGAAGGGCUGCCUAGGAGCUGGCAUCAUGAGCAUCCACGAAGGCUACAUGCAUGGAGGGCUAUGGGCUUCGCUGGGAGCCACUGCCUUCAUAGGGUUUCUGGUGCCAUACACUAUGUAUAUGCUUGUCGCUUCAGCUCAGAAGUUGUACGUCAGGCUGCGAAUACCAAGGCUGUCGUACCCUGACCUGGUGGAAGCAGCGGUAGCAACUGGACCCUUGAAGUUCUGCAGAAGAUUUAGCAAAGCUUUCAGAUAUUCAAUAGAUGUAUGUCUAUUCAUAGAACUUUGCGGGACAUGUUGUAUCUACCAUAUUGUGAUUGCCCAGACACUGAAACAGAUUAUGGAAGCGGUAUCCCCAACAAUGAAGAAUAUGAAUUUGACCAUUAGAAUUUACAUCCUGAUCGUUUUAGUACCUCUAUUUUUCCUCUGCAUGAUACGGAACCUAAAGUAUUUGGCUCCAUUCUCAUUAUUGGCAGAUUUGUUUGUAGCCAUCUGCGUAUUAACAACGAUGUACUACAGCAUAUCGCAAGCUGGCAACAUCGCCGACCGACCGGCAUUCAAGAGUCUACACGGUCUGAUACAGUUCGUUGGCGUUCUUCUGUACAGCAUAGAUGGAGUGGGUAUCACUCUACCAGUGGAGAACAAUAUGAAGAAGCCGCUUCAAUUCCCUAUUGUGCUGCAGAUUGGGUGGUCGAUUGUGAUUCUGUCUGUCACUUUGACAGGAUUCUUUGGGUACUUGGGAUGGGGCGAGACCUGUAAAAGCCCUAUCACGAUUCACAUGCCUCUUGGAACAGUCACCAUCACGCUACAGUUUUUGAUGUGUGCCGUUUUAACAGUCACGUUUGCAGUCAAUUUUUGGGUGCCUUUCCGGAUAGUCUGGCAUUACAUUGGUAGGAAACAUAAGAGAAAACGAGAUAUAUGGGAAAGAUUCUAUAGAGGAGUCCAUGUCAUCCUAGUGACUGGUCUUGCUGUGGCCUAUCCCAAUUUAAUCCGCAUCAUGGUUUUUCUCGGAAACUUCUUCCUGGCCUUCAUAGCUUUCAUUUUCCCAGCGUUUGUCGAAAGUCUUGUAUUUUGGAGUGAGCCAAGAAAAAGGAGGUUUAGGUGA